CUAGCUGCUGCUGCUGAAGAAAUCUUCCGACUCUGUGAAGGAACCAUCGUCCAGUACGAGGAGGAGCUCUUGUCGUCAGCGCAGACUGCUGGAUGUCAUCUGGAAACCACAGCUUCAACUCCACGACAUAGUCCUCCCACGGCAUUGGAUGACUGAAGAGGUGGAUCUGGAGCAGGAGGAUCCCAAAUCUCCACAGAUUAAAGAGGAGCAGGAAGAACCAGAACCUACACAGAUUAAAGAGGAGCAGGAAGAACCAGAACCUACACAGAUUAAAGAGGAGCAGGAAGAACCAGAACCUACACAGAUUAAAGAGGAGCAGGAAGAACCAGAACCUGAGACUGAAGAAAAGCAAAAAGGACUCUUCAUUUGUCACUAUGAGGAGCAGCUUGAUCUGAAGCAGGAGACUGAUACCUUUAUUGGGAUUCCUCCAUAUGAGGAAGAUGAUAACAGUGAAGCAGAUCUAAACAAUCAGCAGAGCUUUAAUGUAAAUGAUAGUCAGGAUGAAGAAGGAAACCAACAUGAAGAAUCAACAUCAACUACAGAUGAAGAGACAGACCCACAGAACAGAGAUCAGAGGAAGAGAAGAGACAGAAGUCAUGUCCAAAGUGUGGAUAGCUCUUACAAGUCAGAAAGUCAGUGUGACUCUGUUGUUAGAAAAAAUGUAAAGAAAGUAACUUUGGUAAAGAAAUGCAAACAAUCUCCAAAAGAGAAGAGACUUUCCUCAGUAGAGUAUGGUAAAAGAACGAGAAUUGCUCACGAUGUCUCUGUCCACAUGAGAGCUGAGUCUGAUGAAGUACCUUAUGUCUGUAAGAAAUGUGCUCAAAGUUUUGAUUAUAAGUCUCAGUUCAGAACUCACAUGAGAACUCAUACAAGACAGAAGCCUUUUUCUUGUAAAGAAUGUGAUAAAUGUUUCUUGCAAUUAUGUAGUCUUCAAGCACACAUGAGAACUCAUACAGGUGAGCUUCUUUCUUGUAAAGAAUGCGAUAAACGUUUUGUGCAAUUAACUAGUCUCAAAGCACACAUGAGAACUCAUACAGGGGAGCUUUUUUUUUGUAAAGAAUGUGACAAAAGUUUUAAUCAAAUGGCUGGUCUCACAAGACACAUGAGUAUCCAUACAGGACAGAAGCCUUUUUCUUGUGAAGAAUGUGGCACAGGAUUUAGUCAAAUGUAUCAUCUUAAAAAACACAUGAGAAUUCACACAGGAGAAAAGCUUUUUUCCUGCAAAGAAUGCGAUGCAAGUUUUACUGAAAAAUAUAAUCUCGAUACACACAUGAGAAUUCACACAGGAGAAAAUCCAUUUUCUUGUAAAGAGUGUGAUAGGAGUUUUAAUCAAAUAUCUAAUCUAAAAACACACAUGAGAACUCAUACUCAUACACUAGGUGAGCGUUUUCCUUGUAAAGAAUGUGACAAAAGUUUUAAUCAUAAGGCUAAUCUCAAAAGACACAUGAGUGUCCAUACAGGACAGAAGCCUCUUUCUUGUGGAGAAUGUGGCACAAGUUAUAGCCAAAUAUAUCUUCUCCACAAACACAUGAGAACUCACACAGAAGGUAAGCCUUUUUCCUGUAAAGAAUGCGAUAAAAGUUUUACUGAAAUAUAUAAUCUCAAUACACACAUGAGAACUCAUACAGGAGAGAAGCCUUUUUCUUGUAAAGAGUGUGAUAGAAGCUUUAAUCAAAUAUCUAAUCUAAAAACACACAUGAGAACUCAUACAGGAGAGAAGCCUUUUUCUUGUGAAGUAUGUGAUAAAUGUUAUGUUUCUAAACAUAACCUUCAAACACACAUGAAAAGUCACACAAGAAAGACGCCUAAAUGUGAUAAAGAAUGCGAUAAAUAAUUUAGUAAAAAUUAUCCUCCCAAAAAAUUAAGGGAAACUCACACCAGAAGUCUCAUGUGGAAAGAUGGAGAAGCGUUUAAAUUGGAAGUAAAUGUUUGUGAAAAGGUUUGCUUUUUUUAAGAAAAUGGCUGUAAUUUAACACAGAAAAUGAAUUUUGAAAAACAUUUUUUUACUUUUUUUUGUUGUUUGUAUUUUACAUUUAAUAGUAACCUAAAUUUUUACGUCUCAGGAAGUAAGAAUAUAAAGUAAGACCUGUAGAAAGAGCUUCUUCAUUUCCUGGAAGCACCAUGGUGCUCAUGUUGUCUUCUUUUUAGUUUAAAGGAAGGUAGGGCUAUCUGACACUUGUUAAAAAGCAGAAGACCUGCUUAUUUCCUCUGGAUAGGACACUUUUCCAUCUCCACUCUGGGUUGUGUUGAGAAAUGUCUUUAGAUCUGUAAGUUUAAAUCCUAUCAUACCAAAUCACAGUUUUUAAAAAUGCUGAUUGUUUUUAACCUUUUCUUUUAUGCGUAUUGUUAGGAAUAAUUAGAAAUAGAAUAGUUAGAAACUCCCUUUUUACUAUUAUUUUAUUACACUAAUGGUUUAAACUUAAUUCACUGAGCAUGUAUUAUCAUCUCAAAAUUAUAUUGCAUCCUAAGACAGCACAACCAAGCCAUUGUCCUCACAGUUUCUCCUCAUCAUCCCUUUUUACUUUUUGUGUGUUCUGGUGUUUGUGCUCUGGCAAAUGUCUGUGGGAACAUCAGAGAGAUCUGACACUUGAAGCUGUAUGACCUUCAAGUAUCCAGCCUGCAACAGCAUGUGGGUGGGUUUUUCACACCAUAGAUCCUCAGACCAUCUUCUGAAUAUGUAAAUGCCAGGUAUAUAUACCAAGCCCUUUUCUAAAUGUUUUUGUUCAGACCUUGUGAUCCUGUUCCUCUGUCUGUAACCCUGCGUACAAAUCUAUGCUGUUUUGUGCGGAGUAAAUCUUCACUGAAGCUAAGUAACUGUCUCUGAGUCUCAUUCAUUCAUUUCUGUGUGUUGGAAACUGAAGGGGAACAAACCAACCUAAUAUUUUAGUUUUUUAGUUGAUAUAAUUGUUAACACCAUAUGCUUUGUUUUUAUUCAAUUAAGUCUGCACCCACUCACAUCAGCUUGAAAACAAACUCCAGCUUUGAAUUCACCUUCCUGGGAACCAAAGGCCUCAUGCAACUAUGAGGAGAGGCUGAACUCUUGUAUGUGUUCCAAACCAGCAUUACUGUGUUUUUCAAAUGCACCUUCAUUGUUCAGAUCAAAUGCAACUGUUGUGUUUUUCCUCCUUGCUUGCAAUUAAAAACCUA